CACUUUAAUAUACUGUUGGGGAAAGUGAAACUCUUCAGACAUUUAUUGUUGCUGAGAGGUGAAAUGGCGCAGAAGACAGAGCAACAUUUGGGGAACAUUUCUUGUUCCAUCUGUCUGGAUCUACUGAAGGAUCCUGUGACUACUUCCUGUGGACACAGCUACUGCAUGAACUGUAUUAAAAGCCACUGGGAUGAAGAAGACCAGAAGGGAAUCUACAGCUGCCCUCAGUGCAGGAAGACUUUCAUACCGAGGCCUGUCCUGGAGAAAAACACCAUGUUAGCAGAGUUAGUGGAGGAGCUGAAGAAGACUGGACUCCAAGCUGCUCCAGCUGAUCACUGCUAUGCUGGACCUGAAGAUGUGGCCUGUGAUGUCUGCACUGGGAGGAAGCUGAAAGCCUUCAAGUCCUGUCUGGUCUGUCUGGCCUCUUACUGUGAGAAACACCUCCAACCUCACUAUGAUGCAGCUCCAUUAAAGAAACACAAGCUGGUGGAGCCCUCCAAGAAGCUCCAGGAGAACAUCUGCUCUUGUCAUGAUGAGGUGAUGAAGAUUUUCUGUCGUACUGAUCAGCAGAUUAUCUGUUAUCUCUGCACAAUGGAUGAACAUAAAGGCCACGAAACAGUCCCAGCUGCAGCAGAAAGGACUGAGAAGCAGAAGGAGGUGGAGGUGAUGCUACAGAAAAACCUGCAGGGAAUCCAGGAGAGAAAGAAAGAUGUGAAGCUGCUUAGACAGGAGCUGAAGGCCAUCAAACGCUCUGCAGAUAAAACAGUGGAGGACAGUAAGGAGAUCUUCACUGAGAUGAUCCGUCUCCUCCAGAAAAGAAGCUCUGAUGUGGAGCAGCUGGUCAGGUCCCAGCAGGAAACUGAAGAGAGUCGAGUCAAAGAUGUUGAGGAGAAGCUGGAGCAGCAGAUCACUGAGCUGGAGAGGAAAGGCUCCAAGCUGAAGCAACUCUUAAACACAGAGGAUCACAACCAGUUUCUACACAACUACCCCUCACUGCCACCACCCAGUGAGUCUACACACUCAUCCAGCAUCAAGAUUCGUCCUCUGAGGAACUUUAAGGACGUGAAAUCAGCUGUGACAGAGACAUGGACAAACAUCUCAGUGACAGUGACUGAAGUGGAUGUUUUACUGCCGCAACCAGUGCCAAAGACCAGAGAUGAAUUCUGGAAAUAUUCAUGUGAAAUCACACUGGAUCCAAACACAGCAAACACGAAGCUGUUAUUAUCUGAGGGAAACAGAAAAGUAACAAGAAUGAAUCAACCUCAGUCUUAUUCUGAUCAUCCAGACAGAUUCACUGAUUAUUGUCAGGUCCUGAGUAGAGAGAGUCUGACUGGACGUUGUUACUGGGAGGUGGAGUUGAGAGGAAGAGGAGUUUGUGUAGCAGUCGCAUACAAAAAUAUCAGAAGAGCAGGGAACUCAUAUGAAUGUGGGUUUGGAGGUCCUGGUUCCUCCAGAGUAGGAGUGUACCUGGAUCACAGAGCAGGUCUUCUGUCUUUCUACAGCGUCUCUGAAACCAUGACUCUCCUCCACAGAGUCCAGACCACAUUCACUCAGCCUCUCUAUGCUGGACUUUGGAUAUUUGGUUCUGGAGUCACUGCUGAGUUGAUUAAAGUCAAAUAGACAGAAGGGGGUUUAUGUUUAGCCCUGAUGUUAGGGCCAUGAAACAUGCAUAGGAAGAACUCUAGAACAACAAAUUAGAAAGAUGGCAGGCAAUCUUUUACCAACUUUAAAAUUUGAGCCAAUGUUAUCCCUUUUAUUUGCAACACACCGAUUUUUAGUUUCUGUAGUAGUUUCUUUAAGUGAAAAAAUCUGAGAAUUGGUUUGCUGUACAGUUACAGAUACAGAUUUUCUAAACAAAUUUCUUGUUCUUUUACUGGUUUACCAAAAUAUGUUCUUAUCUUUCCUGUUAUGAUAUAUAUAUAUGAGGGUUAGAGCGUACAAGUCCGACGUCACUUUGUUCUGCUGGAAAACAAUGGAUGUCUCAAGUUGUGAGCGACUUCCAGCCCAAGGCGAGGGAGUUAAAGUAUCUUGGGACAUUGUUUACGAGUGAUGGUUGAGUGGAGCGAGAUGUUGGACUGUCGUGAUUAAGAUAGCUGAGCAAAGCUUUGGAUUCUCCAGUCAUUCUAUGAUCAUAUCCUUACCUAAGGUCAUGUACUUUGGGGAGAUGGAAAGGAUGACAUUGAAGAAACAAGUGGUUGAAAUGGGUUUCCUUAGUUGGGUUUCUGGGUUCAUCCUUAGGGAUGAAGAGGGUGAGGAGCUGGGAAAUCCAGAGUAAAGCUGUAGCUCUUUGUUUAAAAGCUUUUUUGAAGUGUUUCCUUGUUUGCUGGAAAUGACUUUAACAGCAAAUAAAAAUGGGA